AUGGUGAACCCAUGGCAAACCAGCCCGGACAGUCGCUUGCAAGAUAUGCUUUCGGCGCGUCAGUAUAUAUUAGCCGAAUGCGAUGGCUCAGCGAAGUCGGAACUUGUACCCACCGAAACAAUAGUUUCUGACGGGGAACAAGAGCAGACCAUUUCGUCCACAGCUCAGAGGGCAGAGUCGUCACACACGGAAAAGGCUAAACAGGAUAAACCCUCAAAAAAUAUGUCAAAAUUGCGCUCUCGACGCAAUGUGUGUAGAAGUUCAGGGAGACCUAGGCUGGAUGCUGGUAGUGGUGAAGCUAUUCUAUCAGAGGAUCGUCGAGAUCAGAUCCGACGCGCUCAACGGACAUACAGACUCAAAAAAGAAGCUAGCUACGAAAGUGCUAAAGAACGUGUGGCAGAACUGGAGAACACCCUUAAUGAGGUUGCAUCUGCAAUCGAAGACUAUAAGGCUGCGUUUCCAUCAGAACUAAGGACUAGCCAUCCUGCGCUUUUGAGGCAUCUCGAUUGUAUGAGAAAUCUUUUAAUAUUAAACCCCGAGGCUCUUGCAGAAUUCAGUGCACGAAAGGGCAGCCCGCCUAGUGCCGAUUCCGAGGAAAUCCCAUCGCCACUGCAACAGGAUGUCGUGACCAGUGACCACUCUUCCAAGAUCAAUUGUGACUGCCUGGAGGACUACAUAAAGACGAAGUGCCCAGAUGCUCUGGUAGAACGUGUGAAGAAGAGGCCUCGUCAUGUAUCGUUCAGCGAUGAAGUGGAAAGUAAAUCGAACAGGUGUUCAGUCCGCAUCCAAGAUAUUGCACAAUCACAACGGAGAGACACUCACUACACAUACUCGUUUAGAGAAGAAGAUUUCUGCCGGAGGCUCCAUCGUUAUUGUCUGGAGUACGCCUUUCGCUUGUUUAGCGACCCACGCUCUCAACCCCUCGAAGUAUACCGAGUUUUCAGGUUGGUUCCCUGCAUAAAGAACAGAGCACAGAUGUACCCUAUUUUCCGGAGGCUCGUCAGCGGUGGGGCCAAGGAUUCUUUGGAGAUAUCAAGUCUUCCGUUCUAUACAGUCGGCGGUGCUGGGACGCACUAUCCUAAGAAAAAUGAUCUGGGAAAUCCUAUCUACCCUUCUAACAUGAGGGUUCCUAAACGGGUUCUCGGGCUAUUCCAGACCUCAGGAGCAACAACCGAUGCUGGCCAAGCGCUAAAUCAUCAGAAAUAUUUGGAGCUUUGCGGAUAUGGCGGGGAGUGGUUUGAUUGUCGCGAUGUGGAAGGUUACCUCAGAGAAAAAGGAGUGAAUUUAUAUGGUUCUUCUCUAUGCCCCAUCGUACGCAGUGAUCGGAUUCGCCAGCCAGCCGAGCCCCAUGGACAGGAUAAAGAGAUGAAUUCUAGUCGAUCGAAACCUGGCUCUAACAGCCCUAUUACCGCUCAUGAAGGGACCGAAAAUUUAGAGUUGACUAUGCGCCCUAAAAGCAACAUGUUGGACAUCGAACAGUUUCUGAGCAGGCUACUCCGUGGUGUUGUUAUUCUAGGCCGGGCGCCCGGAUUUAGACAAACAGACGUUGCAGCGGCCUUCAAGUCUGCGUUGAGGACACAGACACAAUGA